AUGGCUGGGUGGGCUUCGUGGGCAGGCUCGGUGCUGGCCGCUGCAGCGCUCCUUUGGUACGUCACAUUGUGGUAUGUGUGCUGUAUCGGGCGGUCGGUAGCAAAGCGGUACUUUCGCGAGCCUUGGCCGCGUUCUCCCCUGGCAUCUGGUUCCCAGGGCGAAACCGAGACGGAGGUGCCAGGUGUGUCAAUUCUGCGCCCGCUGGCCGGCUUGGACUGCCACUUGUAUGCAAACUUGUGCUCAAGCUUUGAGCAGCAGUACCCACGCGACCGAUAUGAAGUUAUUCUCAGUGUGCGAUCUGAAUCGGACCAGGCCCUUGGCGUGGCACGACAAGUCGUCGCGCGCUACCCGCAUAUCCAGAGUCAGAUCCUUGUGGGCGAUGCAGACGCCGGUGUGAAUCCCAAAAUCAACAACCUCGUCCGUCCGUACGCGUUGGCCAAGCAUGACAUUGUAUGGGUUGUCGACAGUCAGGUCUCGCUCGGUCCGCAGGCGAUGGCGCGUGCCGUCGACGCGCUGACGAUGGCGCCUACGCGCCCGCUUCCCCUGUGGCUACGUCGCGAGCCACACAGCAAGCGUGUCGGGCUAGUGCACCAUGUGCCACUGGGCGUGCUGCCCGCCGAUACAUGGGCCUCGCACGUCGAGCGGGUAUUUCUCUCGACGACGCAUGCGAAGAUGUACUUGGCGAUAAAUGCGGUGGCCGUCGACAGCUGUGUCAUGGGCAAGAGCAACAUGUACCGGAAGAGCGAUUUAGAGCAGGUGCCGGACUCGUUUUUCCACCUGGACCGCCACGGCGACAGAUUCGGUAGCCGGGCAUUUGACGACGCGCCAUCCGACCAAGACGACGUUGUGUGCCACGGCGCUCGGGCUCUCGCACGCUUCGGCAUCUACCUGGCUGAGGACAACAUGCUCGCCCUGAGCUUGUGGCGUCCGCCACAGCAGCUGGCGCACCGUGUGGCGCCUGGCGACGUGGCUCAUGUGGCUGUGGGCGACAUCCAGACUAUGACGGAGUAUGCGAAGCGGCGCAUGCGCUGGAUCCGUGUGCGGCGGCACAUGGUCCCGGCCGCCACGUACGUGGAGCCAUUCACCGAGAGUCUUGUGGCGGGUCUGUGUGGCUGGUUCGGCCUGCGAGUCUGGCUCCUGGCGCCACUGGGCGCAUCUGGCUCCCUAUGGCUGCUGUUCGUCGUCUUCUAUGGCCUGCACCUCGCAGCGUGGUACUGGGUCGAUACGGACCGACCGUGA